AUGGAAAUUAGCCGUCUAGUAAGUUCUGAACUGGAAACAGAAAUUAGUUCAGGUCUUCAGAGUCUUCGUGUUCGAGUCGUUCUUUCUUCCAGUGACCAGCCCAUAGACAAUGCACCAUGCAAUACUGUAAACGGGAUGAACGGUGACUUGAACCCGAAGACUCGAGAGUUUCACAGUCACAGCCAUAAAACAUCGCAUGUCCAGAGCAUCCAGUCUUUUGAUCCUUUUACUGAUGCAACUAAGGGUGACAACUUGCUCCCAGCUGAGACGGAGGAUAAGAUUCACAUAAGGAUUCGACAAAGAAAUGGGCGCAAAGCACUAAUUAUAGUGCAAGGAAAUGCAGAUGAUUAUGACAAGAAAAAGCUUGUGAAAGCCUUCAAAAAGAAAUUUGCCUGCUGUGGUACUGUGAUUGAGUACCCUGAAUAUGGUGAAGUGAUCCAGGUGACAGAAGAAAAAAAAUUCCAGUUUCUCCUUGAGAUAAACAUUUGUGAAGGAAGAACAGUUGAAGGUCCAUGGCAUUUAAAAUUAUGGGCUUCCAAGAGGAUCACAGUGGCCCCAGUGGUUUUUAAGACCAAAAAUUUGAAUAAAGCGAUUAUUUUCUGGCCAUAUAAAAUGGCCAUCUACACCGAUCAGCCAUAACAUUAAAACCACUGACAGGUGAAGUAAAUAGCAUUGAUUAUCUCAUUCCAGUGUCACCUGUCAAGGCGUGGGAUAUAGUAGGGAACAAGUGAACAGUCAGUUCUCGAAGUUGAUGUGUUGGAUGCAGGAAAAAUGGGCAAGCGUAAGGAUCUGAGUGACUUUGACAAGGGCCAGAUUGUGAUGGCUAGACGACUGGGUCAGAGCAUCUCCAAAACAGCAGCUCUUGUGGGGUGUUCCCGGUAUGCAGUGGUUAGUACCUACCAAAAGUGGUGCAAGGAAGGACAACCGGUGAACCGGCGACAAGGUCAUGGCCGCCCAAGGCUCAUUGAUGCGUGUGGUGAGCAAAAGCUAGCCGAUCUGGUCCAAUCCCACAAAAGAGACACUGUAGCACAAAUUGCUGAAAAAGUUAAUGCUGGCUGUGAUAGAAAGGUGUCAGAACGCACAGUGCAUCGCAGCUUACUGCGUAUGGGACUGCGUAGACGCAGAUCGGACAAAGUGCCCAUGCUGACCCCUGUACCCCGCCGAAAACGCCUACAAUGGGCACGUGAGCAUCAGAACUGGACCAUGGAGCAAUGGAAGAUGGUGGAAGGAUUGUCAACUGUCUUGAAAUCUCUCCAUUUGUAAACAAUCCUUCUCACUGUAGAAUGGUGAAUUUCAAAUUGUUUGGAAGAUGGUCUUAUAAACUUUUCUAGAUCGAUGAUCCGCAACUGUUGCUUCUCUUUGGUUAUGGCUGAUGUCCUCUCUUUUUGCCAUGAUGUAGAUACACACACCUGUGUGCUCCAGAACACCAAACUGUCAAAAGCUCUGUUUUUAUAUGGGUAGUCACACUUACUGAUGAUUAACAAAUCUUGUGCAUUCCAUUCGUAACACCUGGCUGCUAGGAUUCACUAUAACUUGCUUAUCCUCAAGUCAUAUUAAAAUAUUUGGAUAAACCAAGCAAAAUGUGAUACUUGGCUCAUUUCUGUAUACUGUGCUGCAGGCACUGAACAAAAGCAUGACUAGACAAAUCAUCAGUUUUGACAUGUUUCUCUUUAAUAUGUAUAGAUUUUCCCCAGUUUUCACCUUACCAUGAUAUACAAAUAGUGAUCUGAUGGUGAUGUGCACACUGAUUUUGAGGAGCACCAGUCUUUUGGUGGACUUGCACAGAGUGGCUUAGUGAGUUUUUGGCAUCAGCAGUUUAGUGGGCUCAUGUCUGUGUGAGACACAAGGAACAGACGGUGGAGGCAGUCUAGCCUCGGGCUGUCCACCGGCCUCUCUGUGCCACUCAAUUAAUUUCUGCAAGAUGAUGCAGGAAAGAUGCACAAAGUUAAUGAUGGAUGCUUCAUAUUAGUCACCAGCCAUGUUAAUCUUUUAUAUCUUUGUUUGUUUUUCUCUGCUUUUUAAAGGCCACACUGAAUGAAUUGAUACUCUCAAGCUGCUGAAAGUGCCUGGUGGCUUUUUAAGAAGCCAUUUGGAAACAGUUUAUUGCAUACUUUGUUUAGAAGUUUAUGAUAUGCCUGUCCAUUUCUAUAGGUGAUUAGAGAUAUGUGUUCUACUUGAGAGCUUGACACACUAUAGCUCAGGAUUAUUCAGUCCUGGCUUCAGCAAUCGGCAGACUGUGUUGUUUUUGUGCGGUUUUGCUAGAGGCCAGCCAGCUGUUAUUGUUUUUGUCUUGAUUGCAGUCUACCCGGUCAGACCCCUCCGUUUUCAUUUGGACUACCUCUCUAUAUUCCUGCCAACAUGUUCGUUUCAGAUGGGACAUUAAUGACUAUGCUCCUCAAUAGAGGAGGUCAAUGACUAUCUUUUGUUUACGAAAUAUAAACUGUGAUGUUACAUAUGACCAGCAGAGGGAGCUGUGAAUCCACACCAAACAAACAGUAAAAUAGACAGUAAAAUAAAACUGCUUAUUGAAACAGUUGUACAAGAAGAUGUAUGCAAUUUAAUCAAAAAUCUCUUCCGAAUAUGAUAUUUUAUCAAUACAAGGAACAAAAUAAGUAUUACAAUGAAAGAGCUACUUUGUCCUUGCUAGAAUUGGUGGCGUUAAUAAUUGUUACUUACUUUCCUUUAUUUCAUGGCAAAAUAUGGUAUGUUUUGUAUUGGUUGAUUAAAUUAAACCUGAAAUGAUGAUAAUGAUGAUAAUUACGUUUAUUUAAAAUGCUUUAUACUUAUUAAACAUAUUACCUACA